AUGGCGUCGUCCCCGCCGCCGCCGCCGCCGCCGCCGCCGAAGCUGCCGAUUCCCGGCCGCCGCAACAUACUGAUCACCAGCGCACUUCCGUAUGUCAAUAACGUCCCCCACCUCGGAAACAUCAUCGGCUGUGUGCUCAGCGCCGACGUGUUCGCGCGAUACUGCCGGCUCCGGGGAUACAACGCUAUUUACAUAUGCGGGACUGACGAGUAUGGCACUGCCACCGAGACGAAGGCCAUGGAAGAGAAGUGCACGCCCAAGGAGAUCUGCGACAAGUACCAUGCUAUCCACAAUGAAGUUUAUAAGUGGUUUAACAUAAAAUUUGACAAGUUUGGGCGGACAUCUUCUCCUGAGCAGACAGAAGUCUGCCAUGCAAUUUUCCAUAAAUUGAUGGAAAAUAAUUGGCUCACAGAAAAUACUAUGCAGCAGCUUUACUGCGAUACGUGCCAAAAAUUUUUAGCCGAUAGGCUUGUUGAAGGAACAUGCCCGAACAAAGUCUGCAACGCAUCAGCACGAGGAGAUCAGUGUGAAACAUGCAGCACCUUGUUGAAUCCAACUGAUCUUAUUGACCCAAAGUGCAAGCUUUGUAAGAAUACUCCACGUAUUCGUGACACGGAUCACUUAUUUUUAGAGCUUCCUCUAUUGAGAGACAAGCUGGUAAACUACAUCAAUGAAACUUCAGUUGCUGGUUUGUGGAGUCAAAAUGCUAUUCAAGCAACAAAUGCAUGGCUGAAGGAAGGGCUAAAGCCACGCUGCAUCACCAGAGAUCUUAAAUGGGGUGUUCCUGUUCCUCACGAGAAGUAUAAAGACAAGGUGUUCUAUGUUUGGUUUGAUGCACCUAUUGGCUAUGUGUCUAUUACGGCAUCUUAUACACCUGAGUGGGAGAAGUGGUGGAAGAAUCCUGAUAAUGUAGAAUUGUUUCAGUUUAUGGGCAAAGAUAAUGUGCCAUUUCACACGAUCAUGUUCCCUUCAACGCUAAUUGGAACUGGGGAAAAGUGGACAAUGAUGAAGACGAUAAGUGUUACUGAAUAUUUAAAUUAUGAAGCAGGAAAAUUUUCCAAGAGUAAAGGUAUUGGAGUCUUUGGUAAUGAUGCAAAGGAUACAAAUAUUCCUCCUGAAGUAUGGCGAUACUACUUGCUUAUGAAUCGCCCUGAGGCAUCAGAUACACUCUUUACUUGGGCUGAUUUGCAAGCAAAAUUGAACAGCGAGUUGCUGAACAACUUGGGGAACUUCAUUAAUCGUGUUCUAAGUUUUGUUGCAAAACCAGCUGGAGCUGGAUAUGGUUCUGUUGUACCCGAUGCUCCUAAUGCGGGCACACACACAUUGACAAAGACACUUGCAGAAAAAACCAGUAAAUGGGUUGAGCAAUAUCUCGAUGCAAUGGAAAAGGUUAAACUGAAACAAGGACUGAAGAGUGCAAUGGGCAUUUCUAGUGAUGGAAAUGCGUAUCUGCAAGAGAGCCAGUUUUGGAAACUUUACAAGGAAGAUCCUGCAUCAUGUGCGAUCGUGAUGAAAACUUCAGUUGGUCUUGUCUACCUGCUUGCCUGUCUUCUGGAGCCUUUCAUGCCUUCCUUUUCUGAAGAAGUGUUGCGUCAAUUAAAUUUAUCUCCAGAAGAAAAUCUGUCAUUAAGUGAAGAAAAGGGAGAAAUUGCAGAGGCAAAAACUCCUUGGGAUUUUGUACCAGCAGGUCACAAAAUAGGGAAGCCCGCACCUCUGUUCAAGGAAUUGAAAGAUGAAGAUGUAGCUCUCCACAGAGAAAAUUAUGCAGGGAGUCAAACUGAGAGAAGCUCAAAAGCAGCAGCUGAUGCUGAAGCCAACAAAGUUGCUAACAAGCUCAAGGGCACAAAAUUAUCUGAUGGAGGAACAAAAAAGGAACCAAAGAAACAAUCUGGUGGCUCAAAAUCGAAGACAGCUGAGGCUGACAUUACGGUUGCAAAAUUGGAUAUUAGAGUGGGGCUUAUCAGAAAAGCAGAGAAGCAUCCAGAUGCUGAUUCCCUUUACGUGGAGGAGAUUGAUGUUGGAGAGGACGCACCAAGAACGGUGGUCAGCGGCCUUGUCAAAUUCAUACCUCUUGAAGAAAUGCAGAACCGGAAAGUUUGCGUACUCUGCAAUCUGAAACCGGUGGCAAUGCGUGGUAUAAAAUCACAUGCGAUGGUUUUGGCUGCAUCGAAUGAGGACCACACGAAGGUUGAGUUGGUGGAGCCACCCGAAUCUGCUGCCGUGGGGGAGCGUGUUACCUUUGCUGGGUACUCGGGGGAGCCCGAGGCUUCCAUCAGUGGCAAGAGCAAGACGUGGGAGAAGCUGGCCGCCGAGCUGCACAGCAACGGUGAGCUCGUGGCGUGCUACAAAGAUGUGCCCUUCACUACCUCGGCUGGAGUCUGCAAGGUCAAGACAAUAGCAAACGGAGAGAUUCGCUAG